CGGUCUCUGAACUUUUUGAACUCUUUAACUCGAUUGAGAACCUUAGACGUGAGUCACGCGCGAAUUAGAAAUACGGAUCUAUCAAUUUUGUCACGCUGCACGACUUUAAGAAAACUAACAAUGCGACGCAUUCCAUCACUAAGGUUCAGUGUUAGAGAAAUACAGCAACUACCAAAAUAUUUAGGUCAUCUUGAACUUGGGGAAACCAAUGUGAACUCAUUGACUUCAGAGACAUUUCAUGGGUUCUUAAAUUUGACUGUCCUUAUUAUGGAUAACGUUGGAUUAAAAACCUUGAGCUUUGUCCCAUUCAGUACGCUUCAGCGUCUCCGUUAUCUGGACGUCUCUCGUAACGGUUUACACGAGAUAACUGAAGACUUUGCACUAUUUAAAGGUGUCUUGGUUCUUCGCGAUAACCCAUUGCAUUGCAACUGCCUCCUGCAAUGGAUGCUACAAAUUGAGACAAACAGAACUUUGUCCAAACCAGAUAUACAGGGGGCGACGUGUUUCACUCCAGCCAAGUCAAGAGGCCGAGAGCCGUCUUCUCUAUCUCUGUCUGAUAUGCAAUGUUAUCCGCCAGAAGUUACGCUAAGCAUUGGUCAGUUUGACAGCAAUGACAGUCAGCUAAUAACGUGCAAUGCGUUAGGUGAUCCACCACCAGAUGUGAUUGUGCAAUUGUCGUCAGGGCGCAAUGCGUCUUCUCUAACGCAUUCGACACAAUUUUCUAAAUACAAUACAAGUGUCUCGGCGUCUAUAUCCGCCAGCGGAAAUGAUAUAUUAGUCACGUGCCAGGCGACGAAUUCAAUGGGCAAUGUUGUGAAAGAGAUAAGAGUGAAUACUCAUUGUGGUCACAAAGAACUUACAAUUGUGAAAAAAGAAAUUCAUGCUAUUCGCUCUAUGAAAGAAUCUCUUUGGACGCUUGGACUUCUUUUAAUCUUCCUGGUUUUAAUAAUCGCAGCACAUGCUAUUUCCUCUGAAGUGCGUGGUCACUUUGAACGAGAAAUGAAACACCGCAAUUCUGGUGGCUCAAUAAAUUCCUACAAGAAAAGUUCCAAAGACGCUCUUAUCGAAGGGAUCUCGGUGGGGAAUGUUUGCACACGUGAUCAAUCCUCGACAGAAGCAACCUCCGUAGAGGAAAAAACAUUGUUUUAAUUGACAGUGAAAUUAUCAUUUUUAUUUUUAAUCCGUGACAUAUAUAUCCUGCACUCUAACAUGCUUUAAUGUACAUCUUACAACUAUUCACUGAUCCAUCAAUGGUACAAGGAAAAGAAGUUCCAUUUUAUACAUCAUUUUAUAUUUCAUUUUACU